AUGGCUGUUGUUUUCAAUCUCUUCUUUCUUGCAUCACUUUGCUAUGCUUCACUACUAGACACCAUAGCAGACCGAGCUAGACGUGCUAUAGACAGUUCAAAUGCUCGUUUAGACUACAUAUGGAAGGAGAUUCAAGGGGUUUCUCUAGACACAGAUGAUGUGCGCUCUAGUGUUUCUGCUGAGACUAAGCAUCAAGGAUUUAUGGCAAAUAUAUCCAUUGGUUCACCUCCUAUUCCACACCUCAUAAUUAUGGACACAGGUAGUAGUGUAUCGUGGACUGAGUGUCAGCCCUGCAUUCACUGUUUUACCCAAGCUCUUCCAAUUUUUAAUCCACCCCAGUCGGCCACGUAUAGAUUAUUACCCUGUUCGUCUCCCAUUUGCCAUCAAGCUCCUAGUAUGAUCGGUCCAGCUUCACGUUGUGAAUUCGAACUACGAUACGGUGAUGGCACCACUGUAUCUGGGUAUUUGAGCACUGAAAAGAUCACCUUUGAGACUUCUGAUGAAGGAAUAACGUCGGUACCCAAUUUAGUUUUUGGUUAUGCAACUAACGUGGGGGGUAACUUGGGUGGCCAAACCAGCGGAGUACUUGGUCUUGGCGCAAAGAUGACAUCAUUGGUGAAUCAACAGGGUUCUAAAUUCUCCUACUGCUUUGGUUCUAUAUGGGAUCUUCAAUAUAGUCAUAAUCAAUUGAUUAUUGGAGAUGGAGCUGUAAUAGAAGGCCCUUCUACCCCAAUUACAAUUGUUGGUAGCUAUUAUUAUGUAUCUUUAGAUAGCAUCAGAGUGGGUGAGAAAAAGCUAGAUAUUUCACCUCAAGUGUUUAAAGUGACUAAAGAGGGCACAGGUGGAAUCGUUAUUGAUUCAGGUGCAACACUUACUUAUCUACCAAAAGCUGCAUUUGAUCCAGUAAAAGAUGAAGUACUAAGCUUGAUGGAUGACUUGGUACAAUACGUCGGAACGCUCAGUUCAUGUCCUUGCUUCUGGGGGGUUAUUGAUCGUGACCUUGUUGGGUUUCCAGUGGUUACCUUUACCUUCGCAAAUGGGGUUGACUUGGCUUUAGAUGUAAAGAGCUUUUUUACCCCUGCAGGUCCACACAAAUUUUGCAUGGCUGUGGCUCUGAGUACUGUCGCCAACUUGACAUUAAUUGGAGUAUUGGCUCAACAAAGUUAUAAUAUUGCCUAUGACCUUGCUAGGAAUAUAGUUUCCAUACACGGAUAG